AAAAAGGUUAAGUUUAGAUUUUGUAAAUAAAGUUUUAUAAACAUAGCUACAUAUUAUUUUUUCGACGUGACAAUAGUAUUUGAAACAUUUGUCUUUUUUUGUGAAUAUUAAAUUAUUGAAUUUUUAGAAUGAUAUUAGUGUAGACGUAUAUUACCUCGAAUCAAAAGAAUUCAGGAAAAUUCGUUUUAUCUUCAUUUUAACUAGAUGGUAUGCUCAAGAGUAACCAGCAGACUACCAACUACGACUGAAGGAAAUGCAUCGAUGGAGAAGAGCUGGCAGCCAGUAAAACAUUAAUAGAAAGGAAUAGACCGCUUGCGUAGCUUUGAAUCAUUAAGGACAGAUAAAAGAAUAUGAAAGGGUUAGAAUAUACAGGUGCACCUUAGGAUUAUCAAAUAUGCAGCGCGAGUACGACAAUAGGGUAAAGCGGAAGCUUGUUCUCAGUCUAUUUGGAUGGAUUACAAGAUGCAGACCAAAGAAGAAACGAUCGAAGUCAACGCUCAAUACUACUUCAGCUUAAACCUGAAUUUGAUGUCUAUGAUUGGGUUGAAAUGCAAUAUGACGGAAAAUGUUGGAAGGUUUUAUCACAGAAUACCUACUUUCAUCACGAAUGUGUGCGCAUUGAUGUACCAAUCUAUGACAGUAUAUUAUUUGGUAGAAGCUAUUUCUGCGAAAAAUACUUCGUUGUCGAUACAGAUAAUCAGUCAAUUGGUUUCCAACAUUCAGUGUUUCACAAAGGGAUUUUUUCUGGCAUUCGGUAUAAACAAAAUACAGUUCAUUUUACAAGAAAAGCAAAUUCUGUGGAAAAAGUAUCCACCUAAUAAUAAUAAUCAUCAUACAAUCUUGGGUAUAGCACAACAGACACUGACUUUUUGUAAAUUUUACGUCGUUGCUAUAUUUAGCUGUGUAAUGUCUUAUGAUGUUCCACUUGCAAUAAAUAUAUUUAUGCAAUAUCUAAAACGCGAAUCGACCAACUAUACAUACGAUUUGUCCCGAAGAGUGAUACUUGUUAAAUAUCCUUUUGAAGUCACAGAGAUAUCAACUUACGUAAUAUUGUGUCUUCAAGAAGCACUUUUCGUAUUUAUACAGUGCAUUUUCUGGGUUAAUAGUGACACUUUAUUUGCUCAAGUAACAACUCACAUAGGUUUACAGUUCAAGAUACUAAAAUGUGAUAUAGAAGCAGCGUUUAAUCGCGAUGACGCGAAAAAUAAAGAAAUUUUAAUUGAAUUAGUUAAUAGGCAUCGGGAACUAUUGAGAAUUUGUAUGCUGAUAGAAGACGUUUUUAGUCCUAUCAUUUUCUGUACGGUAUUUCUAUCAUCUAUCAACAUAUGUGUCAACGUCAUUGGCGUUAGGGAGACGAUUUCAGAAAAAGCUUACUUGGAUACAGGUAUCUACUUCACAAUGCUGUUGAUAACACUAUUUCAAAUAUUUUUUUUCUGCAUUUUCGCCGAGAAGCUAACCGAAGAGACAAGGUCUCUGGCUGAUGCUGUAUACAACUUAAAUUGGACAAUAAAAGACUACAAGCUGAGGGUUUACAUAAACCUGAUCAUCAUGAGGGCGCAAAAACCAUUUUACUGUACGGCGUAUGGAUUUUUUCCGAUUGGUCACCAAAAACUCACUGGAAUUAUAAGUACUUCGUACUCUUAUUAUAUGAUGUUACAAACCACGGACAAGUAGUGAAUAAUGACUAACCAAAGCAGAAGACUCUGGAUUCUAUAAAACUAAUGACUGGAUCGAAAUUUGUAUUAUAAUCUUACACCUUUGUAUACUUUUGUUACAUGAGCUUAAGACAUAAACAUGUUAUACUUGUA